AUGAGCCUAUGCUCUAAAAGCUGUAGCAACUCAAUGAGAUCUUCGAAGCUGAAAACUGCGACCUUCGUUUCUGUUGCAAUCGGCAUUUAUUAUCUUCUAUCCCUUUCGGGGCAUCGAUCGAUCAUCGAAGGACAGUUGGGGAUUUUGUCAACCUCGGAAGGAGAUAGCAAUGGGGACGGCUUCAAUCGUGAGUACCUUCUUGCGCCAGAAGUCCAGUACACUCCUAAGAUCGCUUGGUUGAUGAGUUUUCCAAAUAGUGGGACAAGUUUUACUAUGAGUCUGGUGGGGCGAGCUUCGAAUCGAUCCUUUGCGACAAACUACGCGGAUGAAGUGACUCCACGGGAUAUUUCAUCUGCUUCACUUAACAUCUACCAUCAUAGACAUGACGGUCCAUUUUGGCCUGGAAUGAGUGGGAAGAUACUAUCUCCGCGACCGUUACCUGAGAGCUUUGUCAUAACAAAGACACAUUGUGGAUCACGGUGCAUGUAUUGUGGGCCAGAAGUUUACGUUGUGACAGCAGACGAUUUUCUUUCGAGCUGCUCUUCUGGACAUGCACGGAUUGCAAACAAAACAGAAGCAGUGGACGUACAUUACCCUCCAGAACGGGUUGCAAGUGCAAUUCAUCUGAUCAGGGAUCCAUUCACAAAUAUAAUCUCUCGAUUUCAUCAAAGACGAAAGAACCAAGAAGACAAGAAUUUGACGGAAUGGCUCUCACAACACCCGAACAAUUCAACAGGAUUUCAACGCUGGUGCAAGGAAUUGGACAAUCAAUAUCGCCAAGAGGACAUCGAAUACUUUGGCCUGGAACACGUUCCGAAGGCCCCUUGUCAUGGAGAAUUCUUCAAGUACGCACAAUGGCAUAGCCUUGUUGAAGAUGCGCUUGACCUGAUUUCCCAUCCCGUUCCUGUUCUCACCGUGUACUACGAAGACUACGCGAGCAAGCUUGAGGAAACAACAGAAACCAUACUGAACUUUCUGGAUCUCGAUUUGGUUGGACGCAUAAAGGUAUUCAAGGCGAAGACGGAAGUUUCAGAAUACUUUACAGCAGAGCAAAAAGACAGCAUAAAAGAAUUCAUCCGUGACGUUGCAAGCAGCGCAGCAUGGGCACAUAUUCAGCACUAUUUCUAG